AUGUUAUCAAUAGAAGAGCUAAAAUCCAUCGGAGGAGGAGAGAAAAAUGCAUUCUCAUUCGACCUUUCAUCAAUUAACUCGGAAUCCCUUCCAGCAUUGUUUGCAGCAAUCGAAAAACACGGUCCUUAUCUAAUUGUAUCGUUAAAUUUCAAUUGUGAUCUCGUCUCAGAUAUUGAUUAUCAUAAUGGUGAUCCAGAAUCAAUAAGCAGAUCUAUCGCUGUUAGUACACCUAAUUUUGCACACCUUGUCGCAUUAUGUGUUGUUUCGUUACUUAAAAAGAGCAAAAUUAUUGAAACUCUACAUCUUGCAAAUAUUGAAUUCGAGGAAUCUGAUAUUUUACAGAUCUUUAAACACAUAAUUCCCAGCAAAAUUCAUAAAUUUAUUUUGCAUCAAGUUCCUCUUUCACCAAAUGCUGUUUCUAAGAUAUUUAAAGUUAUUACAAAGCAUGAUAUUAGAAGUUUAACACUAAGACACUGCGAAAUUACAGAUGAAAGCGUUCCGAAAAUUAUUUCUUGCAUCAAAGCGAAUAGAGUUCAGUUUGGCAAGAACCUAAGGAAAUUAGAUAUUAGUGAUAACGAUUUAUCCGAUGAUUCUCUCGAUCAAAUUGGUACAAUUCUUCAAACUCCAAUUUCUAAGAUCAGAGAGGAAGCUGAUGAUCACUCUCAGGAAAUAGAACGUCUUAGAAAUGAAAAUGAAGAUCUCAAAGUACAAAUCGAACGUUUACUCUUAAUGCAGUCUGAAAUUGAGAAUCACAACGCACUGUUUGUAAUUGGAGAAGGUGCUCCUCAACUAAUUGAAAGAAUGAAGUCUAUUGGCCAAAGAGUUCAACAACUAUCACAAUAA